AUGGAAUUGGGACGAAAAAAACGCCGAUUGGCUUAGAAAUGGUCCAACAAAAUGUGCUUUAAAAAGAAUAGAAAACUCUAACCAAAUGAGAAGAUCUGUUGUUGAUUGCUUCGGUAUUACACGUGAACCAACUGGUUGCUAUAUGUUUGUAAUGAGACUUUGCGAUGAAAAUUUAUACCAAUACAUUGAUAAAUCUAUGGGUUAUCUUCGCUGGGAAUGUAUUGCUGAAAUGCUUCGUGGAAUUAUUGAUGGUCUUAAACGAAUUCAUGAUAACGGGCUUUAUCAUGGUAAUCUCCACGGUGGAAACUUGUUAAUUGAAUUUACGCCAGGAGGCAUCAAUAUAAGAAUUUCCGAUAUCGGAUUACAUGUUCCUCAUGACCUUAAUCUUGCUAAAAGUAUAUGCAAUGGAUUACGUCCUGAAAUUAUUAAUAACACUCCAGAAGCAUAUUCAACAUUAAUGAAAAGAUGCUGGCAUCAAGACUCAAAUAAACGACCGAAAGUUACUGAAUUAAGCAAUAUUUUAAAUCGCUGGGUAACUGCGAUUUAUGAAGAUCCUAUCUCAAACUUAUUAAAUGCUGAAAAUAACGAUAGGGUUAGAUCCGAAAAUUUUAUAUUUACUAAUAGAAGAAUUCAUCCUAAAGCAAUUUAUACGAGUCAAUUAUUAAGUUUUCAAUCUUUACCUGAUGAUGCUUGA